AGUGUUGCUAGUUACGUCAGUCCUGCAACGCAUUUGCAGAUAAAACUGGUCUCAGUUUGGCACCACAUCCAAAAAUUAAUUAUUAAUUUUUUUAUGUAAAGAAAAUUUCAUUUCAUUUAAUACAUAUCUGUGAAACAUCUCGAUUUGUUCCAACUAAAUAAACUUUUCAGUUUACCAAUGGCAUCCCCAACAUCUAAUGGAAUCCUUAAAAAUAUUAUUGACGAUAACUUAGACAUCCUAAUAAAUUCGUUGAAUAUGAGUCUGUCUUUGUUAAACUGUCUCGAACGGAAGAAAAUUAUCGACGAUGAAACCAUGGAGUUGCUGGGCAAGACGAACGGAAAAGAGAAUAAGGCCGACAAAUUGCUCAAAAAUCUACGAGAUUACAGGACCGAUGAUGACAUUCCUGUAAUUAUGCAUGCUCUCGAUGUUAGCUGCAAUAGUAAAGUUCUUCAAAUAUUUAAGCAACGCAUGGCAGAAUUUAAGAAUAAAACCGACCCUUUAAGAAAUCCUGGAAGCCCGCCAUGCCUCGAAUCUACAAAAGCACGAGACGUUUCUUCGUUUACCCCAGAGACAGUGAAGAUUCAUGAUAUUGUCAUCCGUAUACAAGAUGAUGGUAUGAUCAUCAGUGACCCAACUCUAUUAGGAAACAUUUUCCUAAUACCACCAAAUAAGCUUGACCAAUGGUCUAAACCGCUCAAGAUGGGCGUCACCACAUAUUACGCAUUUCUCUCAAAUACUCUAACCUACUGGGUGGCAGCUAAUGGGAGAAAGACAAUUGGCGAUUUGAGAAAAAUCCUUGAAAGUGUAGAUUACCAGAGCGCAUCAGAUUCUCUAGCAAGCUGGAGUUUUAAUGCGGAUAUUGUCCAAUCUUCAUAAAAAACAAACAUUUCUCUACACCAAACCCAGAUUUAAGACUGGAUAACCCGGCGUUUGCGGGGGCCCCGGCUUAGACAAGAUCAAAUUGAAUGCUACUUCGAUUAACUAUAUAAGUAUAUAAAAACUUCAUACUGCGUCAAAACUUACACAAACUAAAUUUCAAUUAAAACGCAAUAAAAUAAUGAAACUAAGUACGAAGCAACGAA